CACUAUGGUACAAUAAUGGUAAAAUCAACCUGCAUCAAUGUUCUUGUAAAUCUGUUUCAGGCAACCAUCGAUGCACGAACACGGUUUUUAGUCAGUGGUCUUGGUGACCACUUAACUGAGGGAGGACGCUUGAGGAAGCUUGAAGAACUGUGUAACCACCUUAGACAACACCCACAGACUAAAGGAGUUGCUGUUAAGAGAGGGAGUAUUCAACGAUUGCUGAGAAUUUUAGAGAAGACAAACGACCGAUUUGUUGAAUGUGAGGCUCGUGAAGCUCUAGCCUUGCUAGGCUACAUAUCACCUGUUAAAGCUCAUGGUGUGCGACUGCUGACAAUUGAUGGUGGUGGUGUUAGAGGCUUGGUUGCUUUGGAAGUGUUGAGAAAAAUUGAGGAGAAAGCUGGCCAGCCUAUCCACAAGCUCUUUGAUUAUAUAUGUGGCGUGUCAACAGGAGCCAUUCUUGCAGUUAUGAUGGGAGUACAUCGGUUUCCACUGGACAAGUGUGAAACAUUGUACAGGGAGCUCAGCACACAGAUCUUUACACAAACAGCCCUUAAAGGAGCUACCGGUCUCGUUAUGCAUAACUCAUUCUAUAACUCUACCUCAUGGACAGAAAUACUUAAAGAACACAUGGGAGACAAGUCUUUGAUUGAAACAGCUCGUGAUACGUGUUCUCCUAAGAUCUGUCUUGUUGCUACAUCUGCCAACACAAACAGGAUUCAAGCAUACCUUUUCCGCAACUACAACCUUCCUUAUCGAGUCACUAGCCACUACCAGGGAACAUCAUCUCCCCUGCUGUGGGAAGCAGUGAGAGCUUCUGCAGCAGCCCCUGGCUACUUCUCAGAGUUCAGAAUAGGAGACCUGAUUUUGUUGGAUGGAGGGCUAUUUGUAAAUAACCCAACUGCAAUUGCUGUACAUGAAGCCAAAAAACUGUGGCCAGAUGUUGACCUUCAGUGUGUGGUGUCUGUAGGCACAGGCAGACAUGAGCCUAUUGCAAAUACUAGUGAGACGUCCAUCAGCUGGGCUACACGCAUCAGAACUGUUCUAAACAGCGCAACAGAUACUGAAGGUGUACAUACUACAAUGCAUGACUUGCUCCCCUUCAAUGUGUAUUAUCGAUUCAACCCAUACCUCAGCGAUGAAAUAGGCUUAGACGAGAUUGGCACAGAGCGCUUAGAAUUAAUGAUGGAAGACACAAGACUCUACUUAAGAAAGAAUGAAAAAAAGUUUGAGGAAGCUGCCCGAACUCUAUCCAAAGUGAAAAAUCCAAUAGACCGUAUUAAAGACUGGUAUAAAUAUCAACUACGGAUCUGGCCAUCAGACUAAAUUGAGUGCCAGAAUUUUUAUCUAGGUUAGGCAGGGCUUUGUCAAUCAUUGAAUUGAUCUAUUCCCUAUUAGGCAAAACAUUUCCAUAAGAAUGUAACCUAACAUUGUAUACACAAAUAACUGGCACUUAGCAGAGGGAAAUUAAUCAUGAUGUUUUGGUCCAACUGGGUUUGCUUGUUAGAAACUGGCCAGUCAGACCGAAAUAUCAUUACUUUACCUCCAUAGUACAGGUUAUUUAUUGUUCCAGUCAAAGUAUUGUGACUUUUUAUUCUAAUAUUGUAUAAAUGUCUUUUAUACACUUGUGAGUACUGCUUAUGUUGUUUGUAACAAGCCAGAACCUUUUGGAGCAGAAAAGAAUGAGAUUGUUAACCCUUUCGCUGUGUUGUAGUACUACGUGAUGAGCUCAUAUUGCUCAUAAGUUGUGAGUGGCAAAUUUGGGCCUAGAUAUGACAGAAUGGAUCAAUGAGGUAAGAGUGCACCAUAUAAAAAAAUCCUGCAGUACACUGUGCAUGAGAAAAAAAAAAAAACUUUUUUGGGUUUAAAAUGGCAACUUUGCAGUGUAUUUUCAUAUGGUUUUAUGGUUGUAUUUUUUUGGUCUCAUUUGAUUGGAAUCUCCAUGGGGAAGUAGAACAGAAUUCUUCCUCCGUAAGCCAUGCGUGUCGUAAGAGGCAACUAAAAUGCCGGGAGCAAGGGGUUAGUAACCCCUUCUCCUGUAUAUAUUACUAAAUUUGAAAGGAGAAACUUUUGUUUUUCCUUUUGGGCCACCUCGGUUGGAUACGGCUGGUACGUUGAAAGAUGAUGAUUUGAUUGGAAGAUACAUAUACACUACCAUCCGACUUACAACCGAGUUCCAUUCCGAGAAACCAGACGUAAGUCGAAAUUUACUACUGAAUAUCAAAGUCACAUUUUUGUAAUGACUAUUUUAUUGUUUUAUUUUGGUAUUUCAUGUUUUACUUUACUUUUUAUGCUGUUAGUACUGUAUUUUAUUAUUAUUAUUAUAAUCAGAAAGAAGCGCUAAGCCACAAGGGCUAUACAGACUGUAUUUUAUACUGUAAGGUUUAGGAUAAACACUGUGUACAACCUAAAUAGUUGUUUAUUUUCCAGAAAUUUGGUAUAAAAAACUCAGUCGUAAGUCGGAUGGUAGGUGUAUUACAGAAAUAUUAUUAUUAUUAUAAUCAAAAGAAGUGCUAAACCACAAGGGCUAUACAGCAUUACAGAAAUAGAGAUGAUUUUAAUUGGUUUUAGUCAUGAAAAUAGCUUGAUAUUGAGCUCAAAGUAGCAGAAAUGUUCAAUAUUUGUGUCCAGUACACUUUAAUUAGUCUAUUUAAUGUGUUUGCGAAUGCGCUAUUAUGCAAUGAGUAAAUAAAAAUUUAAAAUGGAAUUUGUGUGUAAAGCCUGGAAAUGUAAUGAUAUGUAUAUGCUUCUAAGCUGUUGUGUUCUGAGCACCUCUGCAAAAACAGUGAUUAUGUGUGAGUGAGGUGAAAGAGUUGAAUGUGGAUUUUCUUUCUUUUUGGGUCACCCUGCCUCGGUGGGAGACGGCCGACUUGUUAAAAAAAAAAUGUUCAUACACCUGGUGGGCUCUGGUGGCCUGGUGGUUAACGCUCUCGCUUCACACGGUGAGGGCCUGGGUUCGAUUCCCAGCCAGAGUAGAAACAUUGGACGUGUUUCUUUCCACCUGUUGUCUAUGUUCCCCAUCAGUAAAAUGGGUACCUGGGUGUUAGUCGACUGGUGUGGGUCGCAUCCUGGGACACUGACCUAAGGAGGCCUGGUCACAGACCGGGCCGCAGGGGCGUUGACCCCCGGAACUCUCUCCAGAUAAACUCCAGAUACACCUACCAUCCGACUUACGACCGAGUUCGGUUCCGAGAAACCGGUCGUAAGUCGAACUUUAGUAAAUACUGAAUAUCAACAAAACAUUUUUGUAAUGACUUUAUUUCAUGUUUUACUUUACUUUUUAUGCUGUUUGUACUGUAAGGUUUAGGAUAAACACCGUGUACAACACAAACACUUGUUUAUUCCCCAGAAAUUUGGCAUAAAAAACAGUCGAAAGUCGGAUGGUAGGUGUAUUUUAGUGGAACCCCGGAUUUCGUACUUAAUCCGUUCCAGGUCAUUCUAAAUCUGAAAAGUACAAAAACCGAAGUAAUGUAAAUCCAAUUAAUCCAUUCCAGAUACCCAAAAAUAUUCACAAAAAAAUAAAAAUUUUUUAGAAUAACUAAUUUUACAUACAGAAAACAAUGAGAAUUAAUUUUUUUUUUUUUUUUCAACAAGUCGGCCGUCUCCCACCGAAGCAGGGUGACCCAAAAAAGAAAGAAAAUCCCCAAAAAGAAAAUACUUUCAUCAUCAUUCAACACACUCACACAUUAUCACUGUUCUUGCAGAGGUGCUCAGAAUACAACAGUUUAGAAGCAUAUACGUAUAAAGAUACACAACAUAUCCCUCCAAACUGCCAAUAUCCCAAACCCCUCCUUUAAAGUGCAGGCAUUGUACUUCCCAUUUCCAGGACUCAAGUCCGACUAUAUGAAAAUAACCGGUUUCCCUGAAUCCCUUCGCUAAAUAUUACCCUGCUCACACUCCAACAGAUCGUCAGGUCCCAAGUACCAUUCGUCUCCAUUCACUCCUAUCUAACACGCUCGCGCACGCUUGCUGGAAGUCCAAGCCCCUUGCCCACAAAACCUCCUUUACCCCCUCUCUCCAACCCUUUCGAGGACGACCCCUACCCCGCCUUCCUUCCCCUAUAGAUUUAUAUGCUUUCCAUGUCAUUCUACUUUGAUCCAUUCUCUCUAAAUGACCAAACCACCUCAACCCCUCUUCUGCCCUCUGACUAAUACUUUUAUUAACUCCACACCUUUUCCUAAUUUCCACACUCAGAAUUUUCUGCAUAAUAUUUACACCACACAUUGCCCUUAAACAGGACAUCUCCACUGCCUCCGUCUCCUCGCUGCUGCAUUUACCACCCAAGCUUCACACCCAUAUAAGAGUGUUGGUACUACUAUACUUUCAUACAUUCCCUUCUUUGCCUCCUUAGAUGACAUUUUUCGACUCCACAUAUACCUCAACGCACCACUCACCUUUUUUCCCUCAUCAAUUCUAUGAUUAACCUCAUCCUUCAUAAAUCCAUCCGCCGACACAUCAACUCCCAAGUAUCUGAAAACAUUCACUUCUUCCAUACUCCUCCUCCCCAAUUUGAUAUCAAUUUUUCUUUAUCUAAAUCAUUUGAUACCCUCAUCACCUUACUCUUUUCUAUGUUCACUUUCAACUUUCUACCUUCACUAAUUUUAAUAAAUAAACAUUACAUACCUUUAUUGAAGACUCUCGUUGGCGUAUUGAAGAAGGCGAGGAGGGAAGAGAGGGUUGAGGUUAUUGUUUGGGGGGAAUCCCCCUCCAUAAGGACUUCAGGUCUCAAAUCCCUCUGUCUUUUACUGGCACUGGACCCCUGUCACAAUAGAACUCUGUCCAGAGAGCUCAGUUUCUGGCAUCUCUCUUUAAUAUUUGCCUAAAAUUGGACAAGGUAUUGUCACUGAACAUGUUGCGGAUAUGGCUUGUAUCAGCGUGAUAUUUUUUCAACAAAAGUUUGCACCUCAUUCCACAGAUGUCCUUAAUCACUGAAGAAGGUACCUUCUCCCCUCCUCUGAAGCAAUUUCCUAAGCUGCAGUCUGUUGCUGUUGCAGUUGAAGGUCUUGCAGCUCUUCAGUGGUUAGCUCUUCUCCCAACUCUUCCACAUCCUGACCACUCACAUCCAACCCCCAUGGACUUCCCCAAAGACACAAUACAUUCCACAACAGGCACAGGGUCACCCUCAAACCCUUCAAAAUCUUUGUCGAGGACACAUUCUGGCCACAAUUUUCUCCAAGCAGAGUUCAAAGUCCUGGAAGUCACUUCCUGCCAAGUGAUCCCUCCAGAACUCUUUUAGGGUCAAUUCAGUGUCCGAGGUCACUUCAAAGAACCUUUGAAACGUUGCUUUGGUGUAGAGUUUUUUGAAGUUAAAAAUGACCUGCUGGUCCAGAGCCAGGAGGCACUCGAAUGGUAAUUUGUUUUCCAGGAGGUAUUUUUUCACACUCAGGCCAAACACUUCAUGGACCCAGUCGUGACCCAUGCCUAAUUAUUAGCUUUCCACAACACACAAUUUACUCUUGAUGAUAUUGUUUUUCUUGAACACACUGGGAUUUUAAGAGUGAUACACCAGUAAAGGCUUCACUUUGAAAUCCCCACUAGCAUUACCACAGAAAAAGUGUGUUAGCCUAUCCUUCAUAGGCUUGUGUCCUGGCAGUGCCUUUUCCUCCUGUGUGAUGUAGGUCCUCUUUGGCAUUUUCUUCCAAAAGAGUCCUGUUUCAUCACAAUUGAACACUUCGGGGAAGGAAACCUUCAGUCUCUACAUACUCCUUGAAUUCAUCAACAAAUUCUUCAGCCACAGGUUUGUCUGAACUUGCAACCUCACCAUGCCUUACAACACUGUUGUACCAGCCUCUGCCGGCCUUAAAUUCACUAACAGCAGCACUCAUUCCAGGCAUUUUUUUUUGAGAUCUGCAUUCAACUGCCUUGCCUUUUCACAAAUGAUCGACUCCACAAUAUCUCCUACUAACUUUUUCUUUGAUCCACACCAACAACAACUUCACAUCUUUGAUUGUUUGUUAUCUCUGUUUUAUUAGCAUAUUCACCUCUUUGACAAUUUCUUCUUCUUAUUCUUUUUAGUAAUUAUUACAGGAAAAGGGGUUACUAGCCCAUUGUUCCCGGCAUUUUAGUUGACUUUUACAACAUGCAUGGCUUACAGAGGAAAGAUUCUUAUUCCACUUCCCCAUGGAUAUAAAAUGAAAAGUACUAAGAACAAGAACUAAGAUAAAAUCCAAGAAAACUCAGAUGAAUGUGUAUAAAUAAACGUGUACAUGUAUGUUUAGUGUGACCUAAGUGUAAGUAGAAGUAGCAAGACGUACCUGUAACCUUGCAUAUUUAUGAGACAGACAAAAGACACUAGCAAUCCUACCAUCAUGUAAAACAAUUACAGGCUUUCGUUUUACACUCACUUGGCAGGACGGUAGUACAGUGGUCCCUCAAUAAUCGUCCGGCCUGAAAGUCGUCCAUUUCGGAAAUAGUCCCGUUAUUUCGUCUAAACAUUGGCUUGCAAAUACAAAGGUGGUGGUGGUAGAGUGGAAUCAGUUGUGAUAGUGGUUGAUGGUGGUAACAGUGUAGAAGGUCGUAGUGAUGGUGGUAGAGGGUUCCUUUAGUGAUUCAUAAGAACAUAAGAAUGGAGGAACACUGCAGAAGGCCUACUGGCCCAUGCAAGGCAGGUCCUUAUCAAAACGACCUCUACCUUAAGCUACCCAA